GAGUGCUAGAUGAGACAGGGGAUUGGAACAGGGAUAAGACUGUACAGCACAGCACUCAUCCUAAACACAAGCAGCACUCAUCAUCACUGUUACAGGGCUGCUUUCAUUUCCACCUAUUGAAGAAUGAGAUCUCCCUGCUUCACAUGACAGGCUGGUGCUGGAGUUAAUGCAGAAUACACAGCAGCAGGGAUUGUGAUUGGAAUGAGAAACAUUAUGUAUUUUGGUGGUACAUGCCAGAGCCCAGCUCUUUCUGCGCUGAUGCGCCCCCCGCUACCAACAUUGCAACCACCACUGGAUAUAAAACAGUUCCUUCCAUUUUCUUUGGACAAUGCAACGGCAAUUAACCUAUUUCCACACAUAACUGCAAUGGACCCAGUUCAAAAAGCAGUCAUAAAUCAUACAUUUGGGGCUCCCUUACCACAGAGAAGGAAGCAAAUCUCCCCCUGCAAUAUAUGUCAACUGAAAUUUAAUUCUGAAAGCCAGUCUGCGGCCCACUACAAAGGCACUAAACAUGCCAAGAAGCUCAAAGCACUGGAAGCCAUGAAAAUUAAGCAGAAGUCUGUUGCUAUCAAGGACAACACAAAGACUGUCUUCACUUCCAUCCCUACUAAUACCAUCAAUGGCAGCUCUGAGAAAACAGAAUUGGCUACAGGAAUUCCAACAAUAUCAACCAGUGCCACAUUGCAAAUCCAGAAAAUCUGUGUUAUGACAACAGAGACCACAGCAAAAGUUGACAAGAAAAUCACUCUGGUAUCCAGCAGCAAUAUAUGCCCUUCAGGGGAGACGGAAGAGGAAAAGGCUAAAAGACUUCUUUAUUGUUCACUAUGCAAAGUCGCUGUCAACUCUGCCUCCCAGCUGGAGGCUCACAACAGUGGUACAAAGCACAAAACAAUGGUGGAGGCCAGGAAUGGAAGCGGAACAAUUAAAGCCUUUCCUCGAGCAGGUGUAAAAGGCAGGGGACCUUUAACUAAGGGGAAUACUGGUCUUCAGAACAAAACUUUUCACUGUGAAAUUUGUGAUGUCCAUGUUAACUCUGAGACACAGCUCAAACAGCACAUAAGUAGUCGAAGGCACAAAGACAGAGCUGCUGGAAAACCACCAAAACCUAAAUACAGCCCCUACAAUAAAAUCCAGAAAACAGCCUCUCCGCUUGGGAUAAAAUUAGCCUUUUCUAAACAACGUCUAAAGCCAUUAACUACACAGAUACUACCAAACCCUUUGGCGGCGGCAGCAGCAGCCGCUGCAGUUGCUGUGAAUUCACCAUUUAAUCUCCGAACUACAUCAGCAGCUACGCUUUUUCAGACUUCAGCACUUCAUUCAGCACUUCUGCGGCCAGCUCCAGGGCCAAUACGGACCACCCACACACCUGUAUUGUUUGCUCCUUAUUGAACACUAAGCAGGGAUAGUUGUACUGCAAUAAUUUCUUUUUUCAAAACAAAAUAAAAAAAGACACAAAUAAAGAAAUAAAAGAACUAUGCAGUGUUUAUUUUUAGUUUGAGAUAAACAUAAGCCAGAAAUUUUUCAUAGUUAAAACUGCUGGAGACAAGAACGGUUGUUAUUUCCUAAAUGAAAGCAUUACUUUGUGUAAAGUAAUUCUGCUGUAUUAUUGUUGUGACUAAAGAAAAUCACCUAUCGCUACAUGACUAGCACUACAUGGGAAGGAUUGGCAUUCACUGCUCAUGUGCCACUGGCCAGAUCUAUAAGAUUUCGGUGGUAGCAUAUAAGGGUUGUGACGUCAGGCAGAUGUCUCACUGUUUGUUAAUGUUAAUAAAACAUUUAUCCAUUAAUGUCCUCCCUAUUCAUUUCGUGCUUCCCUAGACAACUGCAGGAAUGGGUUAUUUCAUCUGUGACAAUUCUUUAAAGACACAAAAA